CCCGUCUUUGGCUAUCGCUUCUUCCUCGAGCCAACCUUUCUCCUGAAGAGUCGGUUCAUCCUAGGGGCUCGAGGUAUCAUUCACAAUGCGUACACUACGAUGAAAGGCCAUCCAUUCGUUCUCCGGCGGUGGGACGUGGACUUCUUGGUCCUGCCGAUGAAGUAUCUGGAGGAGGUUCGACUGAUUGCUCCCUCCAAGCUCAGUAGCAAGGGGGCUCAGACUGGGAAUCUGGCACCCGAAUACACAUCAAUGCAAUUUCUUUACCACUCUAACCUUCACCUCGACGUGCUGAAGAAGAAGCUCACACCCGAGCUGUAUACCUAUGUGGAUAAGGCAAAGGAGGAGUUGGUGUAUGGGUGGGAGCGGGAUCUUCCGCAUACUGAUGCUGAUUACUUUUGCUUCAACUCUAUAGAAUGGACACCUGUCCCCAUCGAGCAUCUCCUCCGCAUGCUUGUCGCUCGCAUGACUGCCAAGGUCUUCAUGGGAGCCCCGACCUGCCGUGACCCGGACUGGCUGCGCAUCUCCAUCGACUUCUCCGUUGACCUGUUCACCACCGCUUUCACCAUCAAGAUGUUCCCGCCCUGGCUGUAUGGGGUCGUUGCCCGGCUGGUGCCCGCCCGCUAUCGCACCUUCCAGCAGCUGAAGACUGGCCGUCGCAUCGUGGGUGAGCUCACGCAGCGGCACCAUCUAGUGCAGGAGAAGCGACGGCGCGGGGAGAUGGUGGAAGAAGAAGAGGAGGAAGAAGACACUUUGCUGAACUGGAUGCUAGAUCACGGCACCCCCAGUGAGGUAGAGGUGCAUGAGAUGGGCGCCCGCCAAUGCGUCCUGACCCUAGCCAGUAUCCACACCACCGCCUCUAACGUUUCCAACAUGCUCUAUGACCUCUGCACGUACCCUGAAUGGUUUUCCGAGCUGCGGGCAGAGGUCCUAACAAUCGCCGAGCAAUUGGGCGGACCCCCCGGCCAGGAACAUCCUCCGGUUAGUGCCAAAGAAUGGUGUAGUCGAUUAGACAAGUUGGAUAGUUUCUUUGUGGAAAGUCAGAGACACAGUCCUGUUCUUCUUCUCAAUCCCCAAAGACUAGCCUACCAAGACAUCAUCUUAAAAGACGGCACUCUCAUCCCCAAGGGAUCCCGACUCGCUUUCGCCAACCACGAGCACUCAAUGGACCCUACCGUCUACCCCAACCCUCAGUCCUUCGACCCCAUGCGUAGCUACCGGAAACGCAUGUCCCAUCCAGACCAGCGCGACCGACACAAGGCCGGCAUGACCCACCCAGACAACCUGGCCUUCGGAUACGGGAACCAGGCCUGCGCCGGCCGCCAGUUCGCCGUCGCCGAGAUCAAGCUGAUCAUGGCGCGGUUGUUGUACGAUUUCGAGUUUGAAUUCCCCGCUGACCAGAAUGCGCGAGGUCGGCCUCGAACGCUGCACAUCAAUGAAAAUUGUUUUACGGAUCAAGAAGCUAGAUUGUUGAUGAGGAGGAGGGUGAGAGGAAGAGGAAGGGAGGUGUAG